AUGAGUAAAAAUGCACUUACAAUAACAUUAGCUCGUGAAAUGGAUCGUAUUGCGUGUAAUAUGGAGAAUUGGCAUGAACGUAUGGCGGCAUUAGGUGAAAUGCAGCGUGCUUUUGACCAAUUGGAAAAAGAAGUAUCGACUACUAGUCCUAGUUCUACUACUACUAGUAGUACUACAAUAUCUUGUAGUCUAACUACUGAGGUGUGGAAGAUCUUACGACCACUUAAGAGCAUGAUACAAGAUCUUCGAUCACAGAUUGUAAAGGAAGUGUGUGCACUACUUACGACUAUUUCACGCGUUACACGAGACGCUAUGGCUCCAUUUCUACGUGAGAUACUUCCUACUCUUGUUGAAGUAUGUGGUAGUGGUAAUAAAGUAUGUGCUGCAUACUGUGGUGAAUGUCUUGAGACUAUUGUCACCCAGACAGUAGUAAAAGGUGCGACAUUACGGCUUCUUGUGGACAUUUUGCUUGAGAGUAAGAGCAAACUUAUUCGACUAUGCUGCAUCUCAUGUAUACGUCGUGCACUUAUCACGUGGAGCUCUAUUAUGGACAAAAACGAUAUACAGCAGCUGGAAAAAGGACUGCAGCAUGCUCUGUACGAUGCUAGUUCCUCAUGUCGAGCACAGGCACACGAACUUUUCAGGAUGUUCCAAAUGUUGUUCCCCAAACGCGCACUAGUUAUCAUGAAUAUGGUUGACUACAAGAUUCAAAAACGACUCGAGACGCUUGUGGUGUCGUCGGAUGUAGCUGAACCGAUCAAAGGUGCAGGCUCAGCGUCGAAUGCCAGUGUAGAUGACAAUGUGGCAAUGGUGCAACAGGUACAAGCAUUAGCGGGCUUAAACUUGGAUGUUGGUGAUCGGGUGUGCAUUCCAGAUAAAGAGCUCUUUGGUUUUGUGCGAUUUUUGGGUGAAAUUAGUGGUAUGAAAGGAGUGUGGGUAGGCAUCGAACUGGACGAAGCGUACGGCAAGAACGAUGGCAGCGUGAAAGGAAGAUACUACUUUCGAUGUAUACCAAAGCACGGCGUUUUUGCGCGCCCGCAUCAAGUUUUUCCAACAAUGACAGGAUCUAAACUGCAUGGACACCAGCUUCAGCAGCAACAGAAAACUCAAGACGGGGACAAUUUGGUCCAGGGUAGUACUGCUAGUGCAGUGGAGCUCGGUGAUGAAGCAGAAGCUGAUGGAGCUGCUGAACCGAAUGGAAUUGCAGAAAAUGUGGCAGAACCAUCCCCAUGCAUUUCGCCACCAGCGCCAGCACCUGCUACAUCGUUGAAUGUAUCCGCUCCGUCUGAUACGCCUGAACUUUCCAAGCUGACUAUAGUACUGAAUCGAGCCUCCGUGGCGCACCGGCGAUACUUGAAUCGCCUCCUGAUGCAUGUCCGUACGGAGUUGGAGGAGCACAUGCGUUUUGAAACUUUUGAGGCAACCGCUAGCUCGGCUGAUGCAGUUCAGUACCUGCAGCAACUUCAAAACAGCGCGCAGGACAAAAUCGUUCUUUCCGAUAUGUUUAUUCAGCAGGUCAUCCAGGCCCAACAGGAUGCACGGGAGUCAUAA